UAUAAUUGUGGCACAUAUAUAACUCCAUAGAAGAACAGGUUCUCGAGCCUCUCGCUGCCGGUGGGCGGAGCUACAUUGCUGUACGUGUCACGAGUGGGCGGGUCUUCUUUUCAACGUUGUGUACGUGACGAUCUUGUGGGCGGGGUUCUUCGCUGUGCUGGUAAACAGAUGCCAUGUUUUGUGCGCAGUGACCAAGAGAAAUGCAGCAUUAUGGAGAGAGAUUUCUGCUAUUUAACAGAUAAUGAGGAGCUGCAGAGCUUCAUUUCACACACUGAACACACAGUGACCAUUGAGAGGACCAAGACAUUGUUUGAGGAGAUUCGUGCCUCCAUCAAUAAUAUUGACGAUGGCGAUCGAUCGUUCUGGAGGCCGGUGCUGCCGUGGGGAGGCGUGUUCACCAUCAGAGCUGACAGGAAGGCCAUCGCCUGCAAGCCUCUGUACGUGAAGAUCAACCUGAAGAACACCUGCACCAUCGACGGCUUCCUCAUGCUGCUGUACGUCAUUCUGAGAGACAACCGCAGCUUCUGCAGAGAGGUGGGCGUGUUCCUGGGGAAACGGUUUGUGGAGCACUUCCUGUAUCUGAUGGAUUCUUACGACUACACAACGGUGAAGAUGUUGUGGAUCUGGGACCGGAUGUCCAAGCGUCAGUACCACUCUGAAAUCCACCACACCGCUUUGGAGAUCGAUCUCUUCGGUAACGAACACGAGAACUUCACCAAGAACCUGGAGAACCUGAUGUCCAGCGUGCAGGAGAGCUGGUGCUCCAACGGGAGCUGUCCGUCCCGCUUCCAGGAGCAUCUGCAGAAGAUCAUCAGCAUCAAUCCUCCUCAUGAGCUUCCUGAUAAAGACCUCAUUCAGUCGGCGGUGGACGAGUUUUUCUGCCCACGACUGGAACUCUGUGAAGAAUUUGAAUGUAAAGGUUUGAGAGAGUUCAGUCAGAGAGUUUUCCGUCACGGUCCGCCGCCCUUCGUCAUCCUGAACAUGCAGAUGUGGCAGUCUGAGGAUCUGUCUUACGUACCGUAUCAUCUCGAGCUGUCUGAACAACGAUUGACGGAUACUGGAUGCAUUAUGACGGUCUGCGGACAGAUAAUCUGAUCCUGCUGAAUAAACCGCCAGAGUUACUGCUGCUCUCCUCACUAGUCUACAUCAGAUCUUCAGACAAAUAAAGAACAACAUCGGAAACGGUUGCCACUACAUAAAACAGCCCAAAGUCAUUUUUCCUUCAGUCCAGCUUUUAUCGUUUUCAAGGCCUGUUUUGCACUUGGAUGUCAUCACAUGGCCACUUUAUUUGCAUUUAUGGAGAAUAUUUCAUUUUUCUAUGUUGAGUGGACUUUCGGUGAUGCACUAUAUUGUUGUGUUAGGGAUGAAAUUGCUAGUGAAAUUUUAUACGGUUACAUAUUAUUCAUUUUUGUAAUUUUGCAAUGAAUUAAUUCUAUUGUCUGAUUGCUGACUCUACAAGUUGUCUUUGCAGAGUGAAACAGCAUUUCGUUUGUUGUGCUUGGAAUCCAAGAGUACGUGGACUAUAAUAGUUCUGACUGAUCUCAGAUCUGCAUUCAGAUUCUUUACAAUUCCUUCAAGUCAGAGACGUUUAAUCUUAAUGUGUUAGUUCAAAAUAAUGAAUCUCUCAUCCACAUUAAUACAGGUUAAAAGGUUAAGAUUAAGAACAUACUGACCAUCAGAGAUGAUGCCACAUUCAUACAGUUUGCCAAAUACACAGUCCUGAUGUCAAAUUAAACUGGUGCUGAUGUUUGUAUAUUAUAUCUAGUUUACUGUAUACAUUUGUUCUGAUUAUAUCAGACUUGUAUCCUGAAGAUAAACCACUUCUCUGUUUCUCUUUUAUUCACAUUUAGAUCUCUUAAUUGUAAAUGUUCUGAGGAUUCAGGCAAUGCUCCUCUUGAGAUGACCUGGUUUCAUGAAUAUCAGGUUUCAGGAGUUUAACAGCAGAUAAUUCGAUUCAGGAGUGUUUACUGAUGUAUAGCAACAAUUAAUGUUUAAACAUCAAUGGUCAUGAAUAUUUUUAGAAUUGGAAACUAUAUUCUGUAUUUUUAAUCUGAUGUCAUUGUAAAUAAAACGUUCUAUUUGUUUAACUAUAAUUGUAGCUCUUUAAUGAUACAAGUACUUUAACAUCCUCAUUUUAAAGAUCUAUUGUAAAACAAUUAUCCAUAUGAUAUUAACAAUGAAAGUCUCUUUCUACGCCUUUAUUUUUAAAACUGCUUCAGCCAUUUCAUCACACAAACAGGCAAAGAAAAGUAUUCUGUCUGAAUGAAAAAUAAAUCCUGUGUUUGUAGUUAAAGUUAUCUGUUCCAGUAAUAAUCCACAGGAAUAUAUAAAGUCCCCCUAACUCAGACACAAGACAGACAUAUGCAGGAUGACAACAUUAUAAAACUUCAGACAGUCAUAGAAACUCAUUCAGACUCCCUCGUGAAACCAGCACUUUGGUGAGCGGUCAGUGAAUAUUGCAAUUAGAGACGUCUGUAAUUAAACAUAACUUGUUGAAGAGUUGAGUCAGUGGUUAUCUUCAUAAAACAUGAAAUAAUUGAUCAGUCAGAUUGAAACAUGAACAAUCACUCGAUUUAUUAUUGCUAAUCAAAUGCAUUUUUUACCGUCUGUUCCCUUUUUCUCUUGCAACUGUUGGACGUGAGUUAAUUUCUCCUUAAUUCUGCUAAAUGAGCAGACAGGGCUGUGUGAAUGACAUGAAAUAAACUGAACGGAUUGGAACUUCAUUGCAAUAGAUUGAUCAUGAUUUUAAUGUGAAAUAUUAAUCAUGACCACGCCUUGAAGAGGGAGAUCCGACUGAAUUUACCUUCUAACAAUCUAAUAAAUCACAUGAUCAAUUCAUUUUCCUAUCGUCAGUUUAAAACAUGUUUCUAAAGGCAGUUCAGAUAAAAAAACAAUGAAAAUGAAGAAGAAGAGCAUCAUUAACCACAAACCAUCAAACACACUAUGAAAACAAUGUGCAAUUCAACUCAGUCGCAGUGUUUCAAAAACAGCUUGGCAACAAGAUGAACGAAAUAAACCAAAUUAAAAAAAACUAUUUGAGGAAAAAGUCAUUAUUGCAUCAUCUAAAUGCAUUCAACUCGUUCUUUAGUAUUUACAAAGUAUAAAAUGGUUUGGUAAGUGCAGAACUUUAGUUUCAUCUCGUGCAAAUAUUAACAGAUGCAUUAAUAUGUUCAUUCACUCUGUGACGUGUUUAUUGUGACGAGUCUCGUUCAGGUGUGAAACUGAUCAAAGCAAGGAAUGUGGUGACAGAACUCGUGUAGAAAUGCUGUCGCUCUGUUCAACAUGUUAGAACCGGAGAUGACAUUUAUUGGCACUUAUAUGUUUCUCUUGUGUUGUUUAACUCAAAGAACUCAAUAUAAAGCACAUUUCAUUGCUGAAGAUUUCUUUAAGAGAGAUGAUUGACAGUCUGUAUGAGUUCCAUCAAGUGUGUUUGACGUUCAUGCAGAUUCUGACGGCGUGUUUUUGCGUGAUGCUUCUUUGAGCAUUUCAUCUGAACACAAACUCACAGAAAAUCACAUUUCAAAAACUAAAACAACAGAAUCCUGAAAAGUUCAUUAGCACCAGUCAGUAUGAGAGUUACGCACACACACAUUGUUCUGUGUACAGGAGACACACUACUGGAGAUUCAUAUGGAUCUAUUCUCAUUAUAUAGACAGAAGCACCCCUUUAUCACAGAGAACAAACAUUAAUGAGUGAAUCUCACAAACACACAUCCAGCUCAUAUUGCACAAUGAAAUUGUGCUUAAAGGAAUAUUCCGGGUUCAAUACAAGUUAAUCUCAAUCGAAAGUAUUUGUAUCAUAAUAUU